AUGCCGCCCGAGCAGGUCCGCUCGCGCUACUUAACAGCCACUGCGUCUCUCGUCGCCCCGUCACAACGUCACGACCGCCACCUCGUCCUCCUCCUCCCUGUGCAGCAGCCAGUGACGCUCCACGACGUGGAGCAGCGUCUCCUGCAGCUGGACGCCGAGCUGCCGCCGGACGGGAAGCGCCGCCGCCUGGUCCAGGCCGAAGUCAAGCGGCUGCGACACUGCGAGACGGUGCGGCAGUCGCGGGUGCGGAAGAAGAACCAGAGGAAGGGACUGCAGCGAGUGAACGCGGAGCUCGAGCGCCAGUUGCAGCUGCUGCUGCGCGCCCGUGAUAACCAGGGAAGCGCCCGCUCGAACCGGCGGAUCGCCUCGGUCAGGACCGAUUUGGUGCGACGAUUUGUUGACUUAAUGGAGCAAGUUCGUCGUCUACGGACGGACAACGCGGCGCUCCGAGACGAAGUUUUGCUGUACGAGGCCCUGGGCGAGCAGCUCGAGCGGCUGCAGGUGGAUUUCGCUAUUCCACGAGCACUUUUGCGCGAAAGUGAUGGGAGACUGUCGAUUGGCACGGUCCACUUUGAACCGCUGCGUGUGGAGGACGUGAGGGCUCUUUUAGUGGCUUCGCAUGCACAGGCGACGUCGUUUUUUGAGACGAUGCGACGCGUCGAGACGGCAGAAGAAGACAAGACGAUGGGCUGGACGCAGCACCAGCGCAUCACGAAGGACGGACGCGUGCAGUUUAACUUCACGAAACGCAUUGAGACGAUUGGGACGGACGAACUGGUGCACAAGAGCUGGGCAAUGUACUGCGACUUUGGACUGUACCACGGUAUUUACUCGUCGGUGCAGAAGCUGGAGAUUUUGCAGAAGAUUAAUGACGACACGCUCUUGAUUCGACGCGAUCUGCAGGAACAACCGUCGGCGCCUAUUUUUCGCACCGUCUUUUUGUUAUUUCGCAUCAAACUUCCGAAUGGGUACCUCAUCUGCUUUCGGUCGCAUAACCCGGCAGUGUGUGUUGUCGACGACGACGACGACCCGAGUGUUCAGUGGAUGGAGAUGUUUUAUUGGCUCAUGAUUACAGAUUCGAACGUCGAAAGAGGACACGACGGACCUGUAGACAUGUCGAUGUCGCGAGUGCGAGGCUGCGACGUGUCGUUCGGAGGCAAUUUGCUCAAUAGUCGAAGUGCUAAACAUGCUACGAUGUGGAAGUAUCAGAUAGCGAUGGCGCUGCUACGAUGGGAGAGUAACGCCGUUGCGCCAUUGUUUUCGCUGUUUGGAUAG